AUGGUCGCAUUACGUUUUGAAGCUGAAACGCUGAAAACGCAGGGGCCGCCUGUGUUUCGAAGGUUGAACUUCAGAGGCCAGCGCUUCGCUCCAAAUGUCGUCGUCUCUAAAGAUGGCAAUGGCAAUUACACCACAAUUAGUGAAGCUGUGGAAUCUAUUCCUGGUUCAGCGAAGGGGAGUUAUGUAAUUUAUGUAAAGAGCGGGAUUUACCGAGAAAAUAUUACCAUAUCAAGGCCUUAUGUCAUUCUUGUUGGUGACGGAGCGAGCAAGACAAUUGUUCGUAGCAAACUCAAUAAUGAUGAUGGAUACAACAUUCGGAACUCUGCUGCAGUUGAUAUACAUGACAAUAAUUUGCUUAUCAACUUAUUUGCAUACCCUUUAAGUAUGGAGACUAAUUUCAUUUUUUUUUUGCCAGCUAUAGCUGCAGAUAACUUCAUCGGCAAAUUCAUUUCAUUUGAAAAUACAUCAGGACCACAGAAACACCAAGCGGUCGCAUUAAUGAGCAACGGAGACAAAUGUGCCUUCUACCAAUGUUCAUUCAAAGGCUAUCAAGAUACUCUAUACAUAAACCAAGGGCGACAAUUCUUCAGAGAAUGCAAAAUAUACGGAACAAUCGAUUUCAUCUUCGGCGACGCAGCUGCAGUAAUCCAAAACUCCAGCAUCAUACUACAAAAACCAAUUCCAGGACAACAAAAUGUGAUAACUGCUCAGGGAAGAGAAGAUAAAACAAAGAAAACAGGAAUCGUAAUUCACAACUGUAAUAUUAUUACCGCAAAUAAUUUUCAAUCAGGAGAUGCAAAAUGUUAUCUUGGGAGGCCAUGGAAGAAGUACUCGAGGACCGUGAUAAUGAAGACGUAUAUUCAUAAAGCUAUAGAGUCCUCUGGUUGGCUUGAUAUGGACGGUAACCAUGGUACUGUCGUGUACAGGGAGUACGAUAACUACGGACCGAGUGCGGGUACAAGUGAUCGAGUUAGAUGGGCAGGGUAUAAAGUGCUGAAGACUGAAGAAGCGAAGGCAUAUACAGUUAAAAGGUUUAUUGAUGGAAAUCACUGGUUAUCGUCUACCGGUAUCCCAUUCACCUCUGGGCUGUAA